UUAACAAAUUGGGCAAAAUUAGACGAAGAGAGAGGUCGGGGGAGGGGAAGCGAAAUCUACAUCGAGCGACGAAGCGUCGCAGGACAAACAUAAACGUAAACGACGACGGAGCCGGACAAACAUUGCCGGUUGUUUGUGGUGCCGUACGUCGCCUCCCAUUCCAAGACGUCGACGUCUUGAUCACAAUCAAAAGCAAUUCUGUCCUAUAAUUCUUUUUUUCUCGAGACAGGGUCAAUGGCUUCUUCUGCAGACUCAUGGAUAAAGGAAUAUAAUGAAUCAGUAAAACUUGCUGAUGAUAUCAAUGGCAUGAUAUCUGAACAGAGUUCGUUGCCUGCAUCGGGACCAAAUGGUCAGCGUCAUGCAUCUGCCAUAAGAAGGAAGAUCACGAUUUUAAGGACCAGACUCGAUAGUUUACAGUCCCUUUUGUUGAAGCUCCCUGGAAAGCAGCCAAUAUCGGAGAAGGAGAUGAAUCGUCGUAAGGACAUGCAUGCAAGUUUGAGGUCAAAAGUUAAUCAGAUGGCUUCAACAUUGAACAUGUCAAACUUUGCAAACAGGGACAGCUUACUUGGCCCAGAAGUAAAGGCAGCCGAUUCCUUGAGCAGAACAGUUGGCCUGGACAACUCUGGCGUUGUUGGGCUUCAACGACAGGUUAUGAAAGAGCAAGAUGAGGGUCUUGGGAAGUUGGAGGAGACUGUCAUAAGUACAAAACACAUUGCAUUAGCAGUCAAUGAAGAACUUGACCUACACACUAGACUGAUUGAUGACUUGGACCAACAUGUUGAUGUUACAGACAGUAGGUUACGGCGGGUUCAGAAGCAUUUGGCGAUUUUGAAUAAGCGCACCAAGGGUGGUUGCUCUUGCAUGUGCAUGCUCUUGUCAGUUAUUGGGAUCGUGGUUCUAGUUGCUGUCAUAUGGUUGUUGAUAAAAUAUCUGUAAUAACAAUAGCAAGCCCUGCCACGUCUCUUUGUUAUGGCGCUAAUCUGGUUUAAUUGUUGAUAUGAUGGUUCUAACUAAAUAAUUGGCUUCUUGUACUUUGGUUCUUUGUUUGUGAAACGGAAUGUCUGAGGUGUUAAGAUACUUUCCAACUUUCUUCUGUAAUCGGCUUAUGUAUAUACACAUAUACAUAUAAAUGACACCAUUUGUCGUGUUAGUGACA